UUGACAUUAUACCUACCACUGUCUCCUGGGUGGAGGGUGUUUUGAUAUCCAGCACAGUGGCAUGGUAUCGACCGCCUGUUUUGCUCCAUCUUCCUAUUACUUCUGCUCCAACGGAGACUUUCUCAUAGUCUGCUAUUGGCUCCAGUCUGGACACUGGCAGAAUUUCUGUGGACAUGUCAUCUGACCAUUGAACAGUAAAUUGACCUAAAAAUGCAUGCAGACAAUUCAUGAUGGGAGAGCACAAUGAGCGAAGGAAAUGUCUAGAAGUUGAUUCUAUACAUUUCUUGUAGAGUUUUCGCCACUCAGACAAAGAUGAAGGCACUUUCAACUCUUCUUGAAUUCCUUGCCUUUUGCCGAUUCUACGCCGUUUUGCUGGAUUGUCUUUCUCUUUGUCAAGGGCGGGAGUACGGAAGUCUUGAGAAUUCAUGUCAGGCACGUACUGUGACCAAGUGAGGUCCAGUGAGUUGAGCGCAUGUUAAAUUGCGCGCCGAAGCCGUUCAUUGGUGGACUUUCUGGCUAUGCUGUCUUGUCAUUGGCUGACCGUCGGCGUGUAAUUACACAGUAUUUCGUGGAUCGAUACACUGCGCAGCACUGCACCAGGCGUAAGUCUUUCGUUGUGAUCUCUCUAUAGCUACUCCAGUAGAUACAGAGCUGCGCCUAGGUACGUACUCAGUAUGGCCACGUCCAGAGGCAAGUACAAACAAUGGGAGAAUCCUACUUGCAGCAGGAAAGUUCCUCGCCAAACUGCUUCGAGAUGGCGUAAAAUGGCUCACAGUGCUCUGGAUGUUACGGGCGUGCAAGGGACGUCUAGCACUGCAGCUGCAGUAGAUGCAGGUGAUGUGGAAGAGAGAUUUACCAGUGGAGACAGAUCUGAAAUCCUGAUGCAAGUUCCUGAAACUGACAGUUCCACACACACAAUCGGAAACCUGCCGCCCCAUUGUCCUGAUGAGGAUCUGUCUUGUGAUGCCGAUGUCAGCAAUGCAGACGAGUUAGCGUGUUCAUACUCAACUGCUAACACUUCUAAGCAGAUCACAAACACUAAUCAUGAAGGCAUUGAAGUACUCAGGAGGUUGGCUGUUAGGCAUCAUCUAAGUGACAGUGCUUUGGAAGAUGUUUUAGGAGCCAUACGAAUCCACUUACCGCCGCCUCUUGAAGUACCACGACAUUUAAGGUCUCUGUAUCUAUUUCGCCAAUGUGCAAUGACAGAUUCGCGUGCAACCUCUGAAACUGGUGCUGUCCUUCCUCACACCAUCAUUCAUUACUUGUGUGGAAACUGCUGGGACAAAGUUGAUGGAACUAUUGGCUGCAGUAGGGAUGAGUGUGAAGAUGAAAAAUUGGUUGCGUUCUAUGAAUUGUCUAUAGCUCAGCAGAUUCAAGAAUUUUUUCAAGACAAACAGUUCUCAAAUUUUCUACUACACUGUGAUACUAGACUGUCACCAGUUGAGGAUGGUGUUUCGGACAUCUGGGACGGAGCAGAGUACAGACGUUUAUUUGCGCCUUCUUCAGACAAAGCGGUAUAUCUGACCGUGGCAAUGAACAUUGAUGGAACGCCCUGCUUUCAGAAAGGCAAGGUGUCAUUAUGGCCAGUGUACUUGCGCAUAAACGAACUUCCUGCCAAAAUCCGGCAUUCUAAAAUGUACAAGGUCCUAGCUGGAUUAUGGUGCGCGUUGUCCAAGCCAUCAAUGACGUCAUUUCUACAACCCAUUUGUAGACAACUCAAUAAGCUCCAGUAUUCAGGAAUUGAGGUUAAUCUGCCAUCUGGUACUAAGAUAAAUUGUUUUCUUCAAGUGAUAGUAAUGGUAGCUGAUCUACCUGCAAAGGCAGCAGUCUUGAACUGCAAUCAAUUCAAUGGAAGGUUUGGGUGCUCAGACUGUGAGAUUGAAGGAAAAGUAAUUAAGAAGGGAAGAGGUCAUGUUCGUGUCUACCCUUUUCUUUCUGUUGCUGCACCGCCUCGAACUCAUAGCACAGUUUUUAACCAAGGAACUGUUGCUGUAAACAGUAAAGUUGUUGAAAGGGGAGUGAAAGGUCUGUCAGCAUUAUUCAAUUUAGCCAACUUUGAUGUUGUGAAAGGUGUGCCUGUGGACUACAUGCACUGCGUUCUAGAGGGCACUGUCCGUCUUCUCAUGCAACUGUGGUUUGAAGGAAAGCACAGUAGUAAAGCAUUUAGUCUACGAAAGCACCUUUUGGUUAUAUCCAGCAUUUUCGAAGCCCAAAAACCACCGAAUUUUGUAGCUCGAUUACCUUCCAGCAUAUCGAAAUACAAAGAAUGGAAAGCCACAGAGCUCAGAUCUUGGCUUCUCUUUUACUCCUUGCCUCUUUUAUCCUACUAUUUGCCAUAUGAAUACUGGAGACACUUGGCGCUGCUAGUGAACAGCAUGCACAUUAUGCUGGGCAACUGCAUCUCAAAUGAGGCACUGAUAGUUGCAAAUAGUAUGCUAAGAACUUUUGUGGCCAAAUUUUCGGAUAUGUACGGUGAAGAGAACAUGUCAAUGAAUAUCCACAUGCUGCAGCAUCUCAAAGAUGGAGUACAAAAUUUUGGUCCUUUGUGGACCCAUUCAGCAUUUGAGUUUGAGUCGCUUAAUGCUGUCAUCAAAAGUGCAGUGUCUGGAAAGACACAUGUGGCACAGAAGAUCAUACGGCAUUGGUUUGAUAAUCUCUCUUCUUGGAAAAAUUCUCCAAGCUUGUCAGAUGUGUCUUUGGGACAAAUUGCAAUUGCAACAAUUGGCCAAAGAAAUAAUUUGAGACUUGGUGGUCACAUGUUUCUCUCAGAAGAUACAUUUGCCCUUUCGCCUGUUUCUUUUGAGAAAGCAAGCAUUGUUGAGACUGGAAUAACGAUCAAAGAAGAUGCCAUUAGAGUUCCAGAUGACUUGAAGAGUCCGUUUGAUGCCAGCAUUUCUGUUGAGAAAGAUGUUCUCACUUUCACAAGACUGGUUUUGGGAUAUGGUCAAUACUCUUCGUUGAAGUAUGAGACACUAUUUAAGAGAAACAAUUAUACAGUGAAGUUUAGAGGAGACGAGGAUGCAUAUGCAGAAAUAUUGUAUUUUCUGUCUGUUGGAACGUGGAAAGAUGAGACGUUUGAACGUGAACUAACAGCAGCAGUUGUUCAUCCACUAAGAAAUGUUGGGCCUUGUGUUAUUGUUGAAACAGCUAUGCAAGAUGAAGUGAUCACAAACUGGCCGAGUCCUGUAGUUAGAGUGCAAAAGCUAGAAUAUCUUGAGCUACGUUCUGUAAAUAGAUUACUUUGCAAAUGUGCAUCAAUACUUGUAAGGGGAGACAUGUACAUUGUUGAAGCUCCCAAUGACAUUGAAGUUGAUCUGUAAUCAUAGAGAUGGUGUACUUGCUAGAUAGUAGUGUGGUGUACUUGAUAGAUAAUUAGCUUCAUGUUUGUGGUUAGAAUGAGAGUUUGCGCAGUUAACUGUCACUCGUUCGUUGUAUAGUUUGACGUUGGUACAGUAGUACACAAUAAACGGCUAGU